CACACCCCUCAUGCAUCCUUCGCCAGUAUAGUUCAGUGUUCUCUAACCUCCGCACGUCCGUUUUGUAGCGAAUAUGGAGCAGUUUAUUGACAUUGUUAAACGCUUUCCUAUAUUAUGGAACACACAUUUAAAGGAAUAUCACAACUUAGUUCAAAAGGAUGUUAUAUGGGAAAGCAUCGUGGAGGAAUUAAAUAAUCCCGACAUACCUGACGUAAAAACUGCGAAGAAUGAGUGGAAAAAAUUACGCGAUAGCCAUCGAGAGUCCCUUAAAAGGAUAAAAGCAGCGACAAAUAAUUGGAAAUACGCUGAAUAUCUCAAAUUUCUUGUGCCUUACAUAAAAAACCGUAAGAGAACUGGUAACGCAUCAAUUAACAAUCAAAAUACUUGGGCCAAUACAGCAAAACAAAGCCAAAAUACUUGGGCCAAUACAUCAACACAAAGCCAAAAUACUUUGCCCGGUACAUCAACAAGCGUAUGUCAAAGUAUUUUGCCUGAUGCAUCAACUGAUACUCACAUUGAUGACGACGAUGGAAGCGCUUCCGAACCACCAAGGAUGAAAAAAAGAAAAGUAGCCGAUGUCUCAUCAUUACGCGUCUUACUGCAUGAAGAUAAUAACGAUUUUCGAAGUGAGCAAAGAGAAAGAAGAAAGACUGGGAAGACUGAGGUCCCAAAAGAAACAGAGGCACACAGGCACCCGUUAAAUUUAUUUUUUGAUAGUAUGUGUGAGUCUACCAAGAAGCUUCCUGAUUGGGUGCAGAGAGAUGUGAAAAAGAAGCUAUUUCAAAUUGUCAAUGAGGCAGAGGAAAAUUAUGAACGUUAUUUGUCUGGCCACACUUAUCAGUAUGAGUACUCGUCAUCGUCUAGCUUUUCGUCGCCAGCUCAAAACGAUAGCAUCUAGAUAAUAUUCUGUAAUACUUAUAAGUUAUAACCCUUUUGUAAUAU